AAGUGAGGUAACUGCAAACCGAUUCUUUGGUUCGCCUGUCGUUUACUAUCUAAUUUAGGGAACUACAAAUCUAUAAAAUGGGAAAUACAUUCCCCAGUUUAAAACACUGGUAUGACAAGCAUAUUAAGCAGAUACGGGAACCACCAAUCAAGUUAAUAGACCCCAUCUUUCACCACCAUAAAAUCAAGACAUACGGCAUUGACCUGAGAAAUGCAGAACUUCCCUUAGAGGAGAGAGCCACAGCUGCGCUAUAUAUUGGACUGUUAGCUUAUACAGGUGGCGUUAGUGCUGCUAGACUUGCUGCAGAAUAUAUUCAGGAUAUGAUUGAUAUUUUGAUCAUGCCAAACACCUCUGGGAAAGUGAUGAUUGCCGUGCUAAAGGGAUUAUGCGGUGCUUGCUAUAUAAACUGCACAAAUCAAAAUGAAGCGAAAGAAAAUCACCUUGCUGAAGUUCUUAUUGCCUAUCUGGAUGAAGAUGAAGAUUCCCCAGAUGCUGACCCAGAUAUUAUCCUUGUGAAAUUCUGGGUUUGUUAUCUGAUGACGGUUGUCUGCUGUAACAAUAUCCCAUAUAUUAAAUUACUUCAAGAAAUGGGUGAACAAACACUACAAAAAAGGCUGGAAUCCCUAUCUAACAAGGAAUGGCUUGGAUGGCCACAAAAUUAUGCUGAAUUAAUGUUUUUGCUUAUGGGAUAUCAAAAAACAAAGAUAUAGAGCACUGAGUUAUUGUAUAGUUUCCACAGUGUUCCAUAUUUUAGGUCCAAAGGCCUCAGGAAUAAGAACUUUUUUAGAGCCUAAGCAUUUGAACUGUGCCUUUUAAACAUACUUUGCUACAUCUUAAACAUACUUUGCUACAUCAAAUUCUGCUUUUUAAGACUAUUUCUGAAAUCCUUUCAAGUUUGAGUAGCCCUCAACACAGAAUUAAACUGCCACAUCCAGUAAUUUGUCUGUUAACACCUGGUGAAAUACCACUGCUAAAAACAAGUAGAGGUAGC